AGGGUAUGCUAGGUAGAAAGUCUAUGGUAUCGGCAGUCAUUGAAACAAAGAUCCUCUCAAUAAGACUCCCAAUAUUAAAUAAACUGCAACAGCGAAGAUAUAAGGAGCGCCAAUAAAGACCAACCACAUACUGAGAGGAUCCAAUAUUCCGUUAAGUAACACCCAACAUACCGUACCUCCAAUGAGAUCCGAUCCAACCGUUGCAGAAAGAUACUCUCAUCAUCAGGCAGGAAUCGUUCGUGUAUACUCAAGCAAAGAGGCAAAAAACGCCGAAAUCCCGUAGGAUCGAUCGUCUCCGUACACUCAGUUCAGUUCAGUUCAGUUCAGUUUUCCUCAUUAUUUUCAUUCCUUCAACUCUAUAAAGGAACUCUGCCAAAAUUCCAGCUCAACCAACAAUUGCUUAGUUGACCAAACAAUUCAUCCACCAUGGCCAUGGCCAAUGCCAAUGCUGGAGCAGCCUUUGGGUUGGAAGACGUGCCGGAUUUGCCUGAAGCACCACGGAACAGCCCAAGUACAACCGGGAUUACCAUCGUCUCUUCGUCAAAUUCAUGAGCUGGCUGCACAAGAGGACAUACACCAAGGCGGCUCGCUUCCAACCUAGUGCUUUGGCCGGCAUCCAACCACACCACGUUGCCGACUACUUGAAAUGGCGUGCGUAUGGUACGACGGACGUUGACUUCAAAGACCUCGAGCAGAAUCCAACUUGCCGCUCCUCUACUCUUGAGCAAGACAAGAAGGCUAUUUCCUUUUACAUGCCCAUCAAAGGUGCCACAUGGAAUGGAACCUCCGGCAAUCCAACCAAGUCCGAUCCUGUGAACGAAGUGGUCAAGGAAGUCAAGAAAGCCGAGACUCAACACCGCGGGAAGAAGUCCUGUGCCACCAGGGAUUUGACGGAAACUGAGUAUCGCAAGGUGGUCCAUGAACUCUACGGCAAAGGGAGCUUUGAAUCGACCAUCCGUACAGCCUGCAUGUUGAAGCAGCAAGUCCAUCUCAUCACCAGGACGGACGACAUCUCCAAGUUGAAGUAUUCCGACUACAAGCCGCAUCCAGACUUCCCUUUUGCGCUCAGUUGCAAGGUGCAUUGGUCCAAGAAUAUUCGGAAGAACGACAAUGCCCUGACCAAAUCAUUCUUGGGUCGAUGGAUACCGACUUUUGUGCUAUGCUCGGAUUGGCGAAUUACAUGGAGGCGUCCUUCAACUACGGUAUGGCGCCGCUGCAUUCGGAAUUUGCUGCAACUCUGGCAAGAGGAUGGGUGCUCUGCUGACGAAGUUGACAUUCGAGGUCGCUGGAAGGCUCGCUUGUCUGGACGGGUUGUUGAUGCCUACAUUUCGCCUGAACAGCCCUGGAUCGACGCUCGUGUUGCCGAAAAGCUUUGCAUGGGGGCUCCUAUUGCCUACAAGCUACACCCGGAUGCCAAGAGAGUGACUACCGACUGGUUGAUUGAGCAUGUGGUGCCAAGGACGCAUGCGUUUUACGACGGUGUCAACGACAUUUCGCUUCACUUGGCUCUGCCUCUUUUGUGGGCUGCUCUUGACGAAUCUUGGGAGGAGAGGAUGGAGCCUCCCGUUCGUGUUAGGAUCCAACAUGCCUCCACAUCAACGAAAUCGAGCCGAUGGAUACGGGAGGCGGCGGUGGCACGGCUGGUGGCACUACGGGAACGGACCGGCCAGGCAAGCACUCGUCAAGUUGCCAAUCAGUCUCGGCAGGUGACGGCUAUGCAAACGCAACAGCAGGUACGAACGAACGAGGAGAUUCUGACAAGGAUUAUUGCGCAGCACAACCAGCUCCAGCAGCUCAUAGCGCAGAAGGUAGGACCGCGACAGUUCGGCUGCUGCUUUGAGAGGUUGGUUGGAGACUUGGCUUGGCGCGGAGCUGACGAAACUCAAUGGAAAUAUUUGCAGGAUUGCUGUUCAGCCUCCAAGGAUGGCAACACCUGA